AUGGGUCGUCUUAAGGGAACGCGCCUGGGCGCCUUCCGCGCAUACUUCUUUGGCUUCUUCGUUUGCACCGCCGGUUUUCUCUUUGGCUACGAUACCGGCAUUGUUGGCGGUAUUCUCGAAUUCGACUCCUACAGCAAUGACUUUCGCUAUACCGACAAGACCACCGUCAACGCCGUCAUGGUCUCCCUCCAAAAUGUCGGCGCCUUUAUCGCUGCCCUGGCCAUAUUCCCCGUCUCCGACCGACUCGGUCGCAAGAAGACGGUUCAGAUCGCCAUGUGUGUCUUCUGCUGCGGCGUCAUCCUCCAAGUCGUCCCCUCCCACUCCUUAGUCUGCUUCUAUAUCGGUCGUGUCAUCUCGGGUUUCGGACUGGGUGCCGGAACCGCCGUCGUUCCAACUUAUAACGCCGAGAUGGCCCCCAAGGAGAUUCGGGGUAUGUUGGGAUCAGGCGUACAGUGGCUUUUCGCGCUCGGAGUGAUGAUCAGUUAUUGGAUUGACUACGCUGUUCAGCGAACACUGCCGGGUCAAUCGAAGCAAUGGCAGAUCCCGGUCGGUCUGCAGCUUGUCCCAGCUACUGUCCUUGCUUUGGGUCUUUUUACCCAGCCGGAGAGUGUGCGUUGGUUGGCGAAGAAGGAUCGCUACGAUGAGGCUUGGGCGAGUCUGACGUGGAUGCGCGCGGAUGAUGGCCCCGAAGUCAAAGCCGAAUUCGCCGAAAUUCGUGCAGGAAUCACAGAGGAAAUUCGCGCCAGCGAAGGUAUGACAAAACGCGAACUCCUCGAGCCGGCCAACCGCUACCGACUCUUACUCGGAAUUUUCCUCUUCUGUGGCCAACAAUGCACCGGCAUGACAGCCCUGGCUUACUUCGGCCCCCAAUUCUUCAAGCUACUCGUCGGUAACGAUAGUAGUCGCUCUCUACUCAUUACUGGUCUGUUCGGCGCGGAGAAGUUCAUCACUGUCGGUAUUUACAUCCUCUUCUUCUCGGAGAUGUGGGGGGCGCAAACCGACGCUUUGGAUUUCCGCUAUCCUGAUGUCGAUUUGCUUUAUUAUCUCAAUAAUACGACUCCAAAGCCUGAGUCGGAGGUUACAUCCUCCGGUAUCGCGACUGUUGCGAUGAUUUUCUUGACCAAUUCGAUUUAUCAGUUUAGUUGGGGUCCCUUGCCUUGGCCUUAUACUACCGAGAUCUUCCCAACCCGCAUCCGAGAAAUCGGCUCCUCUGUCUCCGUCUCCACGCAAUGGCUCUUCAAUUUCCUCUUCUCCCUCGUCACCCCUUACAUGCAAGCCUCAUGGGGCAGCUAUACCUUCCUCUUCUACGCAGCGCUGGACAUCGUAAUGGCCAUACUGGUCUGGUUCUUCGUGAAAGAGACCAAGGGCCGCAGUCUGGAAGAGAUGGAGACCAUCUUUCACAGCAGAGCUGCAUUCGAUGUUGAAACGGUCCGCCAUGAGGGCGUACCUGUUUCCACUAGUGUUGAGGGCAUCGAUAUUCAACAUAAGAAGUCGCAUGAUCUGUCGGAGUAA